GCUCCACCAUGACACCGGAAGUCCAAGUGCCGGGUACAUUGAGGCCGGAAGUUGUUUUCUGGCAGGAAGCGGCUCGUGAGGACCGAGAGCGGAGAUAUGGAGGCGGCCGGGUGGAUGCUGAGAGCGGCCAUAGUGCUGAGCACACACCGUUUGGUUAUGUCAUCUUUGGCGCAGGAGGCGGAGGCUGCAGGGAAUUCCGACUCAGUGGUGGCAGUGGUGAGCGCCCCCUGCUGGCAGACAGAGGAGUACACCAUCUCUAAGGACUGCUACAGCUGUAACCAGUUUGAGACGAAGACCCUGGGUCAGUGCGGCAUCACCGGGUUCAUCGAGCAGGUCACCUGCACCAGCACCAACAAGUCUGACUAUAAGAGCUGUCGUUCCGCCCCCAUGGAGAAGCGGAUGUUCUGGCAGUUUGUGGGAGUCAUGUUGGCGGGCACCGUGGCUCUCUCCCUCCUGGUGAUUUCUCGGCAGAGGACGCUGGAUCGGCGGGCGCUGGAGAAAGUACGGAAACAGAUUGAGUCCAUAUAACAGACUGUGGAGGCCCUGGGGCCCCCGGAGUAGAGGUUCUGCGUCCUGGGGCCCCCGGAGUAGAGGUUCUGCGUCCUGGGGCCCCCGGAGUAGAGGUUCUGCGUCCUGGGGGCCCCGGAGUAGAGCUUCUGCGUCCUUGGGCCCCCAGAGUAGAGGUUCUGCGUCCUGGGGCCCGCAGUGUAGAGGUUCUGCAUCCUGGGGCCCCUGGAGAAGAGGUCCUGUAUCCUGGGCUCCGCGGCUCCCCCUAUGUUCAGGACCAGGCAGCGCACUUUACAUUUCCAACAUGGUGGCUGUGGAGGCUAAUUACCUGGAGUGACAACCAAUCAGAGGCUGUGUAACCAGAUGACAUCACGACCACCAGAGGGUGAUGGAGACCCCAGUGCUGGACGGUGUAUUUAUUUCUCUCUUGUAGAGUUUUUUUUUUUUUUUUUAUUAUUGUCUCUUUUGGAGAAUAAAGUUGUGA